AUGGCGGGAUAUAUAGGGAAAAUAGAGCCGUUUGAUGAUAGUACAGAAACGUGGAGUUCGUACGUUGAAAGACUGGAACAAUAUUUUGCAGUGAACGCACUUGAAAAUGGGAAGAAGGUUCCAGCUUUAUUGACAUUAUUAGGUGGGAAAACCUAUGGACUUCUUAGAAAUUUGACUUUACCGGAUAAACCCGCAACUAAAUCAGACCAGUUUGUGGUUGGACUUAAAGAUGAACAGACACAAAAGAAACUGUUAACUGUGCCGGACUUAACUUUUGUGAAAGCUAUCGGAAUUGCUAUAGCCGUAGAGACUGCAAACAAAGAUGCAAUUGAGUUAAGAGGGAAAUUCAACACCGAAAGUUCUGUAAACAGGAUACAACGACAGCAACGUAAACCGCCACCAAGUACAACAGAUAGACAAAAAUCGUUCGUAUGCUACCGAUGUAAUGGAAAGAAUCACAAAGCAGAUACAUGUAGAUUUAAAGACGCGGUGUGUCACAGCUGUAAUAAAAAAGGGCACAUUCGUAAAGCGUGUAGAUCAUCCGGUAAACCGAAACAAAGACCGGCGCAAAAGAAUGUUAAUUCCUUGGAUAAUCAAUCACGGGAAUACACAAGUGAUGAGGAUGAUUACUUAGGAAUUCACAGUGUUAAAAAUUCCAAUCAGGAUUCAAUUUGGAUUACGCCAAAUGUGCAUGGAAAAGAAAUUAGAAUGGAGCUGGAUACAGGUUCAGCCGUGUCAGUAAUUUCUGCUGUGGAUUACGACAAGUAUUUUCAAAAUGAAAAACUUGAAAGUGCAAAUGUCACCCUGAAAACGUAUUCAGGAGAGUUGUUAAUUCCAACUGGAUAUAUGAAUGUGCAAGUUAAAUAUAAUGGUCAAUGUGAAAAUCUUAAAUUGUAUGUAGUGCAAAAAGGUGGCCCUGCAUUGUUUGGGCGUGAUUGGUUAAGGAAAAUCAAUUUAGAUUGGAAAAAUCUCAAGUGGAUUAAUAAAAUUUCAGUAUCAAGAAAUUCAAAUGAAAAGCUGGAUUUAUUACUGAAGGAGUAUUCAAAUGUAUUCCGUGAGGGAAUAGGGUGUGUUGCAGAUAUAAAAGCACAUCUCACGUUAAAAGAAAAUGCUUCACCGAAAUUUGUAAAAGCUAGACCGGUGCCAUUUUCAGUCAAACCGCAAGUGGAGCGAGAGCUAAUAAGGCUUGAAAAGGAAGGAAUAAUUUCAAAAGUCGACACAAGUGAAUGGGCAUCACCAAUUGUCCCCGUUAUGAAAUCAAAUGGUACAAUUCGUAUAUGUGGAGAUUUCAAAACCACCGUGAAUCCUAUGCUUAAGGUGGAUCAGUACCCGCUUCCGCGGGCCGAUGAGAUAUUCGCUACUCUCGCAGGAGGACAGAAAUACACGAAACUGGAUCUCCGUAAUGCAUAUUUACAUAUGGAGGUAGACGAUGAGUCAAAACCAUUGAUGACAAUCAAUACACACAAAGGACUGUAUCGUUAUAAUAGGAUGUUAUUCGGAAUUGCGUCAGCACCAGCUAUAUGGCAAAGAACAAUGGACCAGGUAUUAAAUGGACUUGAUAGUGUACAAUGCAUGUUGGACAUGAUUAUAACGGGCCCUGAUGACGAAACACACUUACAAAACUUGAAAAAUGUGUUACAGAGACUUCAGAACUAUGGUUUAAGGGCAAACUUGCAGAAAUGUUCUUUCCUCAAGGACAAAGUCAUAUACUGCGGACAUGAAAUUAGUGCAGAUGGACUCAGGAAAACUACAGACAAAGUACAAGCUGUAAUGGAAACUCCGACUCCGAAAAAUGUAAAGGAUGUACGUGCAUUCUUAGGACUAAUAAACUAUUAUCACAGAUUUAUGCCUAAUUCAGCAACUGUACUUAAACCAUUGAAUCAACUGCUAGAAAAAGAGCGAAUAUGGCGCUGGACAGACGAUUGUGAAAAGGCCUUCAAAAAGGCAAAGGAGCUUAUUACGUCAGACCAAGUGUUAACACACUACAACCCCGAAUUACCAGUCCGUUUAGCGUGUGAUGCUUCGCCAUUCGGACUUGGAGCAGUGUUAUCUCACGUUAUGCCAGAUGGAUCGGAAAGACCAAUUUCUUUCGCAUCGAGGAGUCUUACAAAAUCCGAAAAGAACUAUGCACAAAUCCAAAAGGAGGCGCUUGGAAUAGUGUGGGGAGUGAAGAAAUUUAACACAUUUCUGUACGGUAGGAAAUUUUCUUUAAUUACUGAUCAUCAACCUUUAACAGCAAUUUUUAAUCCUGAAAAAUCAAUUCCUGUAACUACCGCCGCUAGGUUACAGCGUUAUGCUAUUUUUCUCUCUGGAUUUACAUACAACAUCGAAUACAAAAAUACAAAGAAACACAAUAAUGCAGACGCAUUAUCGCGACUACCGAUGCAAAGUGACAUGAACAUUAACAGUGAAGACGCAGAUGAUCUUUUUCACGUGUUACAAAUUGAGGACCUUCCAAUUACGAGCGCCGAAAUUCAACGUGAAACUCGAAAAGAAAAGGUAUUAGCAUCAGUUUUGUACCAAGCAAUGAAUGGAUGGGAAAUAACGGACGAUUCGUUAAUAAAACCUUAUUUCACUCGCAGAAAUGAAUUAACUGUUAGUCAUGGUUGCCUUCUGUGGGGAAUAAGAGUCAUAAUUCCGAUUAAAUUCAGGAAUCGAAUUCUAGAAUUACUUCAUAGUAGUCACCCGGGAAUGGUGAAAAAGAAGGCGUUGGCCAGAGGGCAUGUCUGGUGGCCCGGUAUAGACAGUGACAUUGAACAUUUAGUCAAAAGCUGCACUGGAUGCCAGAUAAAUCAGCACGCACCAGCACUAACACCGUUACACCCAUGGGAUUGGCCCGAGACACCAUGGCAACGAGUCCAUAUAGACUACGCAGGACCGUUUAUAAACAGAAUGUUUUUUGUUAUGGUGGACGCGCAUAGCAAGUGGCCUGAGGUUUUCGAAAUGAAAUCGAUUACAGCAACAAAAACAAUUGACAUUAUGAGACAAGUAUUUGCUAGAAAUGGAGUACCUGCUCAUAUUGUAUCGGAUAAUGGACCAAGUUUUGCAUCCGCAGAAUUCGCAGAAUUCUUGAGACAAAAUGGAAUAAAACACACGAAGUCAGCACCCUAUCAUCCAGCAACAAAUGGACUUGUUGAGAGAUUUAUUCAAACAUUUAAACAGUCAAUGAAAGCAAUGGAAUGGGAAUCUGGUGAUGUAAACAAAAAGAUCGCAAACUUCUUGCUGACGUAUCGCCAGACACCACACACUAGCACCCACGAAACACCAUCAAAACUGUUUCUAGGAAGGGACUUAAGAUCUAGACUUCAUUUGUUAAAACCAAACUUACGAAACACCGUUAGAGUGAGCCAGGAAAAAUCUUGCGAAAUAAGAAUGAAUAAGAAGGAUAGACAAUUUGAAGUAGGCGAAAGAGUUAUUGCAAAGGACUAUAGAGGAAAAGAUCCGUGGGUAGCAGGAAUUAUAAGCGAGCGUGAAGGACCACUCAUGUAUAAAGUUUCAACCGACAACGGACACACAAGGAGAAGGCAUACAGAACAAUUAAAGUCUACUCAAAUGCCAAAAUCGUAUGAACAAUCAAUCGAAAACGAUAACAUUAUAGUUGACAAUACGGAGACACGCACACAACAUCAUGUGGCCGAAAAAUCACCGGAACAAACCAAAAACAAUGAAAUGUCAAUGCCGCGACGAAAUCCAAUAAGAGAACGAAAUCCACCAAAAAAAUUAAUUGCCGAAAUGGAAUACUACCUGUGUGACGUCAAUAAAAAUAUUUUGAAGGUUUUGUGUACGAUUGAAAGGAAAAGAAAAAAUGAGAAUGAAGAACCUACAGAAACAGACAGCAAAGUCCUUGAAAUAGAAAAAGAUAAAAAUGUAGAACCGAAAAUUGAAACAGACAUCAAAGUCCUUGAAAUAGAAAAAGAUAAAAAUGUAGAACCUACUAUUGAAACAGACAGCAAAGUCCUUGAAAUAGAAAAUGAUAAAAAUGUAGAACCUACUAUUGUAACAGACAGCAAAAUCCUUGAAAUAGAAGAAAAUGAAAAUAAAGAACCUACUAUUGAAACAGACAGCAAAGUCCUUGAUAUAGAAAAAGAUAAAAAUGUAGAACCUACUAUUGUAACAGACAGCAAAAUCCUUGAAAUAGAAGAAAUUGAGAAUAAAGAACCUACAAUUAAAACAGACAGCAAAGUCCUUGAUAUAGAAAAAGAUAAAAAUGUAGAACCUACUAUUGAAACAGACAGCAAAGUCCUUGAAAUAGAAAAUGAUAAAAAUGUAGAACCUACUAUUGUAACAGACAGCAAAAUCCUUGAAAUAGAAGAAAAUGAAAAUAAAGAACCUACUAUUGAAACAGACAGCAAAGUCCUUGAAAUAGAAAAUGAUAAAAAUGUAGAACCUACUAUUGUAACAGACAGCAAAAUCCUUGAAAUAGAAGAAAAUGAAAAUAAAGAACCUACUAUUGAAACAGACAGCAAAGUCCUUGAAAUAGAAAAUGAUAAAAAUGUAGAACCUACUAUUGUAACAGACAGCAAAAUCCUUGAAAUAGAAGAAAAUGAAAAUAAAGAACCUACUAUUGAAACAGACAGCAAAGUCCUUGAAAUAGAAAAUGAUAAAAAUGUAGAACCUACUAUUGUAACAGACAGCAAAGUCCUUGAAAUAGAAAAAUAUGAGAAUGAAUAUGAGGUCAACCUCAGCGGUCCUAUAAGGCUGUGUCACAAUUAA